CGCAAGACCAGCCGAGAUAAAUGAUUCCCAGAGGGGUUUAACGCGCACCAACACUUUUCCAACAUGUUUAAACGGGGCUGUGGGCUUGAGUUCCUGCUGGUGCUUUGUGGGUUGGAGCUAUCCUGGUCCUGCCCGCGCCACUGCAUCUGCUAUUCUGCCCCCAGCACCGUCAGCUGCCAGGCCCACAACUUCCUGUCUGUCCCUGAGGGCAUUCCUGCUCACAGCGAACGUAUCUUCCUCCAGAAUAACAAAAUCCACCGGUUGCUGAGGGGCCACUUCAGUCCCACUACAGUAACACUGUGGAUCUACUCCAACAACAUCACAUAUAUUGAGCCCUCCACCUUUCAAGGGUUCACCCUGUUGGAGGAGCUAGACCUGGGAGACAACCGCUACCUGCGUUCUCUAUCUCCAGAGACCUUUCAUGGGCUUGGCCGUCUUCAUGCCCUCCACCUGUACCGCUGUGGCUUGAGUGCAUUGCCUAAUAACAUCUUCCAGGGCCUUCGCAAUCUGCAGUACUUAUAUCUGCAAGAUAACCACUUAGAGUACCUGCAGGAUGACAUCUUUGUGGACCUACACAACCUGAGUCAUUUGUUUCUUCAUGGGAACCGCCUGUGGAGCCUGCAUCAGAACACCUUCAGAGGGCUGCGUGCUCUGGACCGGCUGCUGCUGCACCACAACCAGCUGCAGUGGGUGGACCGGCUGGCUUUCCAUGACCUGAAGCGUCUCACCACACUAUAUUUGUUCAACAAUUCCCUGACAGAGCUAUCUGGUGAGUGCCUGGCCAUACUGGGUGCUUUGGAAUAUCUUCGUCUCAACGACAACCCCUGGGAAUGUGACUGCAAGGCCUUGUCUCUGUGGGACUGGCUUAAGAGGUUCCGUGGUUCCACAUCUUCAGUGGGCUGUGUAGCCCCAGCCAACCUGGCAGGAAAGGACUUAAAGCAGCUGAAGAAAGAGGACUUCCCCAAUUGCUCUGGAUCAGAGUCCCUGCACCAGAGCAAGACCAAGUUGUGGGGUGGAACAGACAAAGUCUCACUGAAGCAAGAGCCUCAACCUGCCCAGCCUCCACAAACACGCCCUCACCACCCCCAUCUUGGUGAACAGUUCUCCUCUCUGCCCACUCAUUUGCCCCAACCUCCCCCUGCAAUUAAUGGAGUACAGGGAGGAACAGGAGAUUCCCCAAAUGUGGUCACUCCUCAGAGGCCUGGUCGUUCUCGGAACUGCACACGCCAGCGAAGCAGGAGCGGCAAAGGGAAAGGGCCCAAUGACGUUCAUACUUCAAAGGAAAUGGCAGACAAGGAGUUUUCCUCAUCUGACUUCACUGGGAAAUAUGACCACACAUCCCCUGAUAGUUUGACCACACGGAGAAAGAAUAAAUGUACUCCGCGGACCACUGUGCGUCCCCCCAGUGGGGUCCAGCAGGCCACCAACAUGGGCAAUUCCCAGUGGCUUCACCUCCCUCUGUCUAAUAUUGUGGGACUUCUUGUGCUGCUCAGUGCUAGAUUCAUCAUACAGUGA